AUGUCCCUGAUUCAGAGUAUUAACGCCGUUGAUGUGUCAAAAAUCACAUCAGGACAAGUCAUUAUCGAUCUUAGAUCCAUUGUCAAGGAACUUGUUGAAAAUUCAAUAGACGCGUCAGCAUCAAAAAUCGUAGUCAAUUUCAUCAAUUACGGUAUCGACUCCAUAACUGUCCUAGAUAAUGGCAAGGGUAUAGAGAAGGAGGAUUUUGAAACGGUGUGUUUGCGAAGCCAUACUUCAAAAAUCAACGAUUUAGACGACUUGACCAAGUUGGGAACCUUGGGAUUUCGUGGUGAAGCGUUGAAUUCGAUUUGCGCGUUAUCCUCCAAAGUGAGUAUAACCACACUGACUUUGAGUUCCUAUCCUCGCAACUACACUCUAAAAUACGAUCAGCUUGGGCAACUUAAAGAAGAGACAACAAAGGUGGGAGGAAUGAGUAAUAAAUCAGGCACGUCAAUAACUAUUGAAUAUUUGUUCAAGAAUUUUACAGUUCGACGAAAGAAUUUCAUCAAGAAUUCGAGAAGGGAGUUUCACAAGGCAAUAAACUUCAUCAUCAACUAUUUGUUAAUAUUCCCGGAAAUCAAAUUUGAAGUCACCAAUACGAAUUCUAGUGGUAAAAAGCAACUAGUUUUAUCAUCAAAGGGAGGAGAAAAUAACACAACGGUGGAGAAUUUGAUCACCAUAUAUGGAAACAAUGGUAAUACCAAUCUUCUCAAUGUCGAUAUUGAAUUAGAAUUUGAAGCAAAGCUAAGUGGCUACAUUUCGUCAUAUUCGUUUGGAUUGGGACGGUCAACCCCUGAUAGGCAAUUUUUGUUUGUCAAUAAGCGACCUAUAACGUUUAGAAAGCUAACAAUGUUGAUAAAUGAAGUUUACAAAUCGUUUAAUCAUGUACAGUAUCCAAUCUAUGUAUUGAAUCUUGAAAUUGAUCCUGAAUUGAUUGAUGUUAAUGUUUUACCAGACAAGACCAGUGUUUUGCUCCAUAAUGAAGCCCGAGUUUUAGAAUCCAUACGUGAAAGCCUUGUUGAGUUUUACACAAUGCAGGAUAAGGUAAUAAUCCCGAAAAGUCUACGACAACAAGUACCAUUUGACGAGUAUCGUGCUACAAAAGUGGAGUCGCACAUUCCAACACAAGAGGAUACCAAUGGUGGCUCUAUUGACAUCAGGAAGAUUAUAAAAAAGGAGGAAGAAAAUUUUGAGGGUAUACAGACUGAAAAGUCUCAAUCGCGGAGUGAGCAACCAAGUGAGAAUGAAGAGUACGUGGCGGACGCCAAUGAGCUUGAGGUAGCUCAAUCUGAAGAGUCAACAAUGAAGAGUAGAUUACUGUUCUGUGAGGAUCCAGGGGUUGAUCAAAUAAGGAAACCACUAUUGCAAACAGGACAAGCUCAAAAACUAGGUGGGCAUCUCGAAGUCUUGCGCUCAGUAUAUGACCAUGAUUCAAAGAAUACCGACGGAACUGUUGAACUGUUGGAUGUGCAAACAGAGGAGACCCAUAAUAUGAAGGCGAAAAUUGAUGAUGUUAUCGAGACCGACAAUGACGGGGAAGAGCAAGAGAAGGGCGAGGAGGAGAGUGAAAAGGACGAAAAGGAAGAAGAAGCUGAGGAAAAGGAAGCUGAAUUACAAGUUUCUUCCUCGCAGAAGGAAAUUGCGACACUGAGUCAACUGGUUUUUAGUGUUUGCACCGGUAAGAGCCAGGACACCUAUAGAGUCGAAAGUCAAAUGGAAGACUCAAUUCCCACAUCACAAGUAUUAUCAAAUUUUUCUUACAAUGCACCAGAAACCCAAACUGACACUAGCGAUAUACAAGACAACCACGGUGUAAACUUUUUCCCCAAGCAAACAGAUGCUAGUGAGGAAAGCAUGUACAUCAAGAUUGGUGAUGAAGAGUUUGAAGAGAGGCCAGCAAAGAGGUUCAAGUCGUCAACUUUGUACACCAAAACAUGCAAACAAUCAUCAGAAGCAUUGUUAUCAAAGAUAUUAUCCCCACGUAAUUUUGAUAAUGACAAGAAAGAGAUCAAGAGUAGUCAAAAAAUUAUAGUCAACCAAAACUUGGAGGAUGAAGGUAUUUAUCAUAUUUCCAAGUCUGAUUUUCUCAAAAUGAAACUAGUUGGUCAAUUCAAUUUGGGAUUUAUUUUGGUUCAUCAUAAAUCCAAUUUGUUCAUUAUUGAUCAGCACGCUUCUGAUGAAAAGUUCAACUUUGAAAGAUUAAUUGAAAAUUAUAGCAUCCAAAAUCAACCAUUGAUUAGACCACAAACUUUGGAAUUGAACAUCAUGGACGAAAUGUUGGUAAUUGACCACGAGUCGGUAUUCAGAAACAAUGGUUUCAAAUUCACAAUCAAUCAUGAAGGUAAGCUAGGAUCAAGAAUUGUCCUAACUUCAUUACCAGUAUACAAAAACAUCAUGUUUGACACCAACGACUUCAUGGAGUUAAUCAAUUCAAUCAACGACCAGCCAAGCAAUAAACAUAUAAAGUGCUCCAAAAUUAGAAAAAUUUUGGCGAUGAAAGCUUGUCGAAGUAGUAUCAUGAUUGGAUCUUCAUUGUCUCGAAGCAGGAUGACGCAAGUGGUACAAAAUUUGAGUCGACUUGAUAAACCAUGGAAUUGUCCACACGGAAGACCAACAAUGAGACAUUUGAGUGAGUUGGACAAUUGGGAUAGUAAAUACUUUGAUUAUAGGUUGUAA